CUGACGUCACUUCCCUCUCUCUCUCUCUCUCUCUCUAACAUGGCGCCGAACAGACCGUCUGUAGGGAAAAGGAACAGAAAAGGAGCUUCAUGGAGGUUCACACUGGACUGCACACAUCCUGUGGAGGACGGGAUCCUGGACUCAAACAACUUUGAGACGUUCCUCAAAGAGAAGGUGAAGGUUAACGGCAAAACUGGAAAUCUGGGUAACGUGGUGCAGAUCACUCGGGAGAGAAACAAGAUCAGCAUCUCAUCAGAAAAACGCUUCUCAAAGAGGUAUCUGAAAUAUCUCACAAAGAAAUACCUGAAGAAGAAUAACCUGCGCGACUGGCUGCGUGUGGUGGCGUCCGAUAAAGAGACCUACGAGCUGCGAUACUUCCAGAUCAGUCAGGAAGACGAGUCUGAGACAGACGAGUGAAGCCGUUGUGUGGCGAGGAGAGGAAGAGGAGGAUGAUGAUGGAGCAAAUCUCAUCCUUUAUAUUGGGUUUUUGUCAAUAAAUGUUGGAUUUACAUUAAA